AUGUUGAAACAUGCACAGCGGCCGCCGGCGGCUAACGAUGCCGACCACCGCUACCAGAACAUGCCACGGCGGCCGCACCAUCAUCUAUCGCUGAACGUUUCCACGUUAGACUCGUCCAAGCAUUCGGUCGGUGGGACUUCGGCCAGCGUCAGUCCAGGCGCUCAGCCUGCGGCGCCCGCUCCAGUGCCCGUCGUUUCACCUAUUCCAGUGGCCUCGCCGCCGAAACUUGCGAAUGGAAAUGCUACAGGACUGCAGCCUAGGCCGGUGCCGAUCAGGAGUCGAAGUUCACGGGCCGCUACAGAGGAGGCGCUGACGUCGCUGGCUUUGCUGUGUCUCGUCAGUCUGCUCCUAGCACUGCUGGCGCUGCUGUUUCUCCUGAAGAUAUCCGCGCCCGCGACCAGUGCCCCCGAGGAGUUCGCGGUGGUGUAUGAAGUGACACUAGCGUUGUGCGCGUUGACACUCUCGCUGAACCUCUGCUGCCUGCUUGUGUGUGCUAUACAGUUUUUGUUCGCGGUGAAGCUGGUCCACUCGCAGUCGGCGCCGAACGGCCGAUCAAACAAAUACCUGCAAAAGUCUGCGAUAACACGGGUGUGCGCCGUUGGUGGCUUCUUUAUAUCGAUACCAGUGUUUUUAACAGGCAUAAUACUCUACACAUUCAUCCAAUUCCAUUCAACGCCGGCGAUAGUGACAUCUGUGUUCAUCGGUGUCGGGAUCAUAUUCUGCGGCUGCGCGAUGGUCCACAACGUGUUUGUGUGGCAAAAGGAGAAGACUAAUCUUGUGAAAGCGUUCCGUACUCAAGACUUGAAUACCACAAACGCUACGUCGCCCAAUUUGAGCACGUCUAACGGAAUGUUGCUAGGCAAUGGACAUUUGAACAACACUGGCGGGGGCAACGUGAGCUUUCACAGUAUGUCGGGAGCGCCGUACACACAUCCUAUAACGUUGCUACAGCAAGGGGGCCCGUACAUAAUUAGGCCGCCGACGAGCACGCCGCCGGGAGAGGGCGCCGCGACGCCGGGAGUUCCCCCGGCAACUAUCGACCUUAGUCACGACACGCACGAGCUCAGCACGCUUGUGUGA